CUCUCCCUCCCCCCAUGAAGAUUUGCCAUCCAAGUCCCGACUGGAUUUUGCACGCCUUGGGUUCUUGGUCCAGCCACAGGUCAAAGGUACCCUGGAAUUGGUAAACUUCUUAGCAACCAGCCUUUUCCUUUUUUCACUGUACCUUUGAGACCACUUCCUGUAAGCAGUCUAGAGCCUUGUCUGGAAUCAUGCCUCUGUCAGGAACACCAGCACCACCCAACAAGAGGAAAAAGCUCUCCAAGAUCAUCACUGACCUGUCACACAUAACCCAAGAUGAAUAUGAAUCAGAGCCUGAGGCCUCAGAGUUCGACUUGGGGAAAAAGAUCAGGGCACCCAAGGAUAUCAUGCUGGAGGAACUAUCCCUUCUGAAGAACAAAGGCUCCAAGAUGUUCAAGAUGAGGCAGCUUCGUGUGGAGAAGUUCAUCUAUGAGAACAAUCCCGACCUCUUCAGUAGUGAGUCCAUGGAUAACCUCCAGAAGUUUGUGCCCACCCUGGGGGGCCAGAUGAUGGAUGUUGGUGGCCACCUGAUUGGUAGGCAGAUGGUUGGCGUGGCUGGUGGGGCUGGUCAAGCACCAGUGCCUCCUCCUAAACCUGGAAGCUAUGGCAAGGUAGCAGGGGGUGGGCUGCUAGCAGGUGGGCUUGCUGGAGGAGCUGGAGGUGCCGGAGGUGCCGGAGGUGCCGGAGUGGCAGGAGGAGCAGGGGGGAAGGAUGGUGUGUCAGGAGAUGCCUCACAGAGUGAGGAAAGUUCUAAGGCAUCUUUGGAAAAGGCAAAAAAGAAGGCCGCAUAUGUGAAGACGUAUGUUUCCCCUUGGGAACGGGCUAUGAAGGGCAAUGAAGAACUUCUAGCCACAAUGAAAGCUCAAAUGCCAGGACCCUCCUCUUACAUGGAGCUGCGCAAAUAUAAGUGCUUCAACAGGAGUGCUUUGCCCUAUGGAGGUUUUGAGAAGGCUGCUCAGCUGAUGACCUUCCAACUGCCAGACAUUGAUGUGGCUGCUGAGGAGCCUGAACCUGCAGUGGUGUACCAUCAUGAUAUCAGCUCACGACCCUCCUUUAACCGUACACCCAUCGGCUGGGGGGGUAGCGGUGAACCAGGCAGCAUUCACAUGGAGUUGGAUACUAUACCAUUUGAAGUGGAGACUGACGACCUGUGAACCCACAACCCUAAAAAAAACAAAAAACAAAUGUAUGCCUGUUCUAAUUAACCUGCACUCUAAUAACCAGACACACACACCUAUGCACACAGUCACAAUGCAACAAUCCAUCAGGAAGACAUGUAAAAUGUGAAUGGCAAACCUCUCUCACUGUUCAUGUAACUUUGAAUCUAAAUCUGCCUCUGAAUGUGAGCUUUAAUCAAAGAAAUAUGUAUGUAUUUGUGGAGGAAUUUUAUGCAUGAAGCAUAUCAGCGUAAAUGAAGGUGUCAGAUGGAGACUGAAGUUUUGACCCGCUUGUUAUUUUGUCAGCAUGUUGCACUUUAGAAGUGAACAAAUGAGCAUAAUGUGCCUUGGGCAACAAUGUCCUGUUAGCACUCGCAGUGAUGGACUGCUUGGCACACGCUGCUUUUUUUCUGUCACUUAGAUAAAGGUAAACAUUUGAGACUGCAUAAUCUGCAACCUUCCUUUAAAUAAGCUAACAUCCCAUUUUACCAUUUCAUUAUAGUGUCAUUUACAUGAGUAAAUACUGAUUAUAGUCAUGAUCAUCAUGUUUAUAAUAAUGUUGUAGUGCAUCUUACACAGUACUGUUGUUUCUGCUAUAGUAAUUGACUAUUAUUACAUGUAAUAUGGCACAUUAUGCAUAUUAACAUACUAAUCAUAUCCAUGUCUUCACAAACAUUAAUGCAAAAAAUCCAACAUACAAACUCUAAAUUACUGUCUUCACACCACCACAUGCCCAUUCUUAAAUAAAUGAUUGACUGCUUAUA